AUGAAAAUCAACUUGACAUAUACCUGCGACUCGCCUCUGAUCACGUUUAGUGGCAAUUGGACGGCCGAGUCCAACUCGGUCCAGGCUUCAUCCAGCAAUGCUCCCGCAGUGCGAAUGGUCUCAAGGGCACAUGGGGACUCUUUGACGUUCAACUUUACGGGGACAGGUAUCUGGAUUUACCCUGCCACGAAUACUCCCAGGUCCAGCUUCGACGUCUAUUUGGACGGAACACUCUCCCGAUUUGAUGGUAGUAACGAGCCAAGCGAUGUUACAGACCCACUCUUCUCUAAGACGGGUCUACUAUUCAUACCUCAUGUUGUCUCAAUUCACAACACCGGCGCCUUAUCCCUUGGGUCUUCCCCAUAUCUUGACCUAGCCUACGUCACGUAUGAAUAUCGCGACAAAUUUGGUAACGCAACAAGCAUGGAUGUCUCUGGAGACUACGCAGAUUCGCGCAAUAUUGCUUGGUAUCCCCCAGAGGAGUGGACGACAAGCACCCGAGUCGUGCUUCUUGGUUCACAGAAUGUGACCUUCAAAUAUCGGAAAACUGCCGCCGCCGAUGCAUGGAUGGAUACGCUAUCUGUGUUUGGCAGUGUAGGGCCGUCAUAUGGGGCUUAUUCCGUAUCCCUGAGAUAUGCGGACGGUGAGGAUAUCACCGAUGACGACGACCCAGGCAAUGCUCUGCCUAUCACUCGUGAAAGCGAGCUGUAUGAGCGGACUGUCUAUCACGCUUUCAAUGGUUCCUUCUCGAUCGACCGACAGGGGGUUCUCCUCUAUCGAGCUACGAAUCUCAACUCUGGCCGCGUGAUGACUCUUGUUAUGCGUAACUUGCCACAGAAACAAGGGCAGUUGCUUGCGGUUGAACGUACGGAACUGUUCAAGUAUGGCUAUCAGUUACCAAAGCCACGAGCUCGAGGUCUUUCUGGAGGCGGCAUUGCAGGGCUGGUCGUUGGCUCCCUCCUCCUCGUUGGGAUCUGCUUCCUUGCGCUGUACUUUCUGCGGCAGAGAAGGCGAGGUCAACUUGUUCGACAGCAAAAGACCAACCUAUUCCGUGACAUACUGGCUCGUCGAGGGAUCUUAAGCAAUCCUGAUGCCAAACGAACCAGUCAUACGACUAUUCAUGGCAACAACGAUUUUUCCCUCGAUCCUAAUACUACAUUGAGUCCUCUUGACGUGCAUGGUGCCCGGCCUUUGUGA